AUGGUUAAGAUUAUAGUCAAGCUUUUAUGGAGUACAGUCCAUGCUCGUCAAGAUGAUCAUCUUUUUCAGAGCACAUUCCAUGCUCAUCAAGAUGAUCAAUAUUCAUCAAGGCAAUGCUUCAGUGGCCUAAAAGGGGAAGACAGAGGCAUAUUUCUUAUUCGUCACCUGGCAAUCUGUGCUAAGUGUAUUGAAGAUGGUGACUUCAAGAAUGCAGGCAUUGCACUCAAGGACAUUGCUUGUGUUUCUUCACUUGAUGGAGAUACAAUGCAGAGGCUUGCUACUUUCUUCGAAAUGGCAUUUAGUUACAGGCUGAUCAAACAGAUUCGCCAUGUGCCUGGAGUCUUUAAUUGUUUGAAAUUUCCCUGGUCAACUUCAGAACGACAAUAUGCCAGAAAGUUGUUCUUUGACUUUCUCCCAUUCUUGAAGUUCUCUUAUCUGAUCACCAACCAGGCUAUUCUUGAAGCCAUGGGAGAAGAACCAGUGUUUCAUAUAAUUGAUCUCAGUGCCAGUAAUGCUGCUCAAUGGGUGUAUCUUCUUCAAACUUUGAAAGAGCAACAUCAAGGAAGCCGACUGCCUCUUGUGAAGAUCACCAUGAUACAUGAGAAUAAAGAUAUUCUGGAAAAAAUGGGGUUUGAAUUGAUUCAGAAAGCUCAAAAAAUGAAUUUCCCGUUCGAACUCUAUGCCAUUGUUGGCCAAUUAGAGAAUAUUUGCUUUGAGACAUUGCCUCAUUUGAAGCCAGGAGAGCCCAUUGCUAUAAGUUCUGUUCUCAUUCUCCAUUCUCUUCUUGCAGUUGAUGAUCAAGUCAGCCCUGAUUCAGAUGUUCUACUUAAGAUGAGGCAGUUUCUAAUUCAGCUUUGGAAACUCCAUCCCAGGCUCAUGGUCAUUACGGAACAAGAAUCAGAUAACAAUGGGCCUAGUUUGACAGAUACGCUUGAUAAGGCACUGAACUUCUAUGCUGCACUGUUCGAUUGCUUGGAAGCUAAUGUUCCAAAGGAGAGAGAAAUAGAGAGAAUCAUGGUGGAAAGAAUGAUUCUUGGGGAGGAGAUAAAGAAUAUGGUUGCUUGUGAUGGAGUUGAUAGAAAAGAGAGGCAUGGAAAGUUUCUGAAGACAUGGCGUCCAUCGCUUCAAUUAGCUGAGUUCAGGAGGGUGUCUAUGAAUUAUGAAAGAAUGCUGCAGGUGACAACGCCAUUAAUGCAGAACUAUGGGCCAGGAUACAAGUUAAUAGAGAACAAUCAGUGUUUGUUUACAUGCUGGAACGAUCUUCCACUCUAUUCUAUAUCAGCCUGGAGGUACUGA